AUUUACGUUUCGCUGUGCCACAGAAGAUGGCGGCCAGCGAAGAGAGUUGUGAUGGGAAUCCAAAUUUUGCUGUCAUAUGUUCCUUUAUCGCAAAAUUUGGAGAUGAUUGUGGAGUUAAUGUUACUAUUCCUUACCUUCAGCAAAUGUUAGAAGACACUAAAAAUGUAAAUGAAGAUCUAAAAGAAUUACACAUUCAUUUAUUAAGAAGAGGACGAAAAAGAGUUAAUAAAGAGCGAUGGGAAAAGUCCUUAAUCAAAUUUUGCCAUGAGUAUUCAAGUGUGGAUGCUUGGGAAUUGGAACGGUUUGGAUACAAAAAGGCAAAGCUUUCUGUGAAAUUAGAACUUUUGAAGCGAUUACUUGAGCUACAGUUUGACAGCAAUGCUAAAUUUAAAGGAGAAGUAAAUAAGCAAGAUGCACAGUCUCUACGUAUUCUUCCUAUUGGUCGAGAUAUUGAUGGUAAUAUGUAUUGGUAUCAAUUAGAUAAAGAACAUAAUAUGAGAUUAUAUCGACAAGAAGUUGGAGAAGAAAAUGUUUGGCAACUUUUAUGCUCAACGAAAGAAGGCUUGAAAGACCUUGUUACAUCAUUAGAAAGAAAGAGUGGCAAAUUUAAAGAUGAAGAUUUAUCUAAAGAUGAGCCACUUGAAUCCAAAACAUUACCUGAAGUUAUGGAUGUAACUGUGCCUAAAAAAGAUACUCCUGUAAAAAACUGUGUUUCUGAAAUUGUUCCAAACAAAAGUGAAACAGAUAUGGAAGUUGAUAUGCAAGAAGUCUCUACUAAAACUGAUCUGAAACCAGUAGAGAAAAUUAGCAACUUGUCUAAUUCAGAUAAUUGCAUUAAAUCUGAACACUCAACAGAUAAAAAAAAUGAACCUAUUCCUAUGGAAAUUGACAGUGAACCAAAAACUGAUACUGAAACAAAUAGUUCUGAAAGUGUAGUUAAGGAUGAUAGUAAGUUGUUAAGUUCUACACUGGUAACUCAUGAAAAAAUCCAAGCAGAAUCAAAUAAAAGUUUGUGUAAUAAUACUGUUACUCCAGCUGAAAGUUUAGACCAAGAAAGCAAAUUCAAAGUUGGGAAAAUAAAAUUGUAUGAGAAAUGGAGCAAUGAAAAAAAGAAACUAGCUGCUGCUCAAUCUGAAUGUAGUUUAGUUUCCAGUGAUUCAUUACCAAGUAAUAAAGAACAUGUAGAUCCAGAACGUUCUGUUGCUGUGAAUCCUGAAGUUGAUGUUUUGUGCAAUGUUUCAGAAAAGUCUAAUCUUUUAAAACACAAUGAUGGAUUUCCUUCAAAUAUUGACCAAAGUAGUUGCAAUGACGAAGUACCAAUGGACUUGAGCAUAACUUGUCGGACUUCUGAUGGAAUCAAACAAAAUGCAUCAGUGACUAAUAAUCAUUCUAUUACUGUGCCCCUUCCUAUUGAUAGUAAAAAUUCAUUAUUUUCUGAUUCCAAAAGAAGUGAUUCUCGGAGAAAUAUUCAUUCAGAAAGUGCUAUAGAAAAUCCUCUCUCUGACAAAUGUUCUAAUGUAGAAAACUCUAGUAUGAACAUUAAUCCUCAAGUACCACGGCCAUUUAAAAAGAAACAUUUAUCUAUGGUGAAAGAUGAUUCUAUUAAAGGAAAUUAUGAACAUGCUCGUAAGUCAGUGAUAUUUGAAGUUAAAAACAGUAAAUUAUUAAACCAAUAUGUAGACAUACCUUACAAUCAUGAUGACAGACCAUCACAAGUUUCAGGCUUUUCCCAUUUGCAAGCCUUACAGAACAUGUGUGAUAAUAACCCCAUGGCUGGUCUUCAGAAUAGUGUUAUUCAAUCUAUAACUCAUGAUAAAAAAUCAAAACUGGAUUCUAAUUCUUGUAAAAAGAUAAAUGCCAACGAAAAGCCUUCAUUUAGUGGUACAUGUUUUGAUAAUUUAAGUAAGUAUAAUUUUAGUGGUGCACAAGUGUCCACUGACAUCAAAAGUGCUGCUGAAUGUGAAGUAACAGAUACGUUAUUAAAAUCUAACGUAAACUGUAGUCCUGUAAGUUCUCAAAAGGAUAAGCAUGAAAUGAGUGUUCCUGAACUAAACUGUGAAAGCAUCUGUACAAAAUCUGAGAUAACAAAUCAGAAUUGUGAAACAGAUACUAAAAAUAAAAUAGAUAUGCUUAAACAAAAAGAACAGAAUUCUGUGAAAAAGGACAUUAAAAGCAAUUCUCAGUGUUCUGAAAAUGUUUCUAAAGUACCAGUAGAAGCUGUUGAUUCAACAGAAUAUGCGAAGAAGUCAUCUGAAGAAUCAAUUAAAAUGAAGAAAAUCCAGCCUACAGUGUUAGAUGCUGAUGAUAGUACUCAUUCUGUUGUGCAAAAUGAUAAAUCUUGUAGUAAUGCCGAGGUAAGGUCUGAUGGUAAAGAAAAGGAAUUGAUGGGAUCUUUUGAUAAAAAUGCUAAUCAAGUUGAGGUAUCUGCAUCAAAAAUUACUGAAUGUUGUACUUUAAAGGUAGAAUCAUCUGAAAAUACUGAAAAUUCUGUUGGUGGUAACAAUAAGCAAGAAGACAAAAAAUAUCUAGUGACUGGUAGAGAGGAAGGGCAAGAGAUAAAACCUGUUGACAGUAGUGAACAGACUUCUAAAAAAAUUAAACUAACUGAUGAAGAACCAGAAGAGCCUUUAAAAUCUUCUGACAUUGGGGAGCAGUCUGCCAGGAAAAUAACUGAUAAGCAGCUAACAUCAUCAGAGGAAGUUCUUGAGAACAAGAACCUUUCUGUUCCGAAAGAUGAAAUAAAAAUGUGUGUGAUUAGUCCUGAUAAUGAUAUUGUUAGAAACGAUUCUGACAUUAAAAAAUCUUCAGAUGAGUUAGAUAAAAGUCUUAAAGCAGAUAAAUGUGCUUCAACAAAAUCUCAAGAAAACAUUGAUUCAUCUGUUUCAUCGUCUAGCACUGCUUCUUUUGAAACUGGAAUUAAAUCUGUAGAAGAUAAUUCUAAGUGUUCUGAGAUGGAUUCGUAUUGUCCAGAAAGUGAGGUUUCUAACUCUAAUCCUAUUUGCCAGAAUACUGUGAAAAACGGUAUCUCAGAGUCUCAUAAUUUAAAUAAUUCAGAUAGGGAAAGUGAAAAAUGUGCUGAAGAAGUUUCACUGAAAAAUGAAAAAUCUUCCACUUCAAUAAAUUCUGAAUCAGAAACGGCAGCUAUAUCUCUGAAUAAUAUAUGUGAGGAGAAAAAAGAAGUAUGUAAAGAGAGUAAAGUUUCUGACUUAAAUUGUUUUUCAGUGGAAAAACAUGAGUCUGCUGCUGUAAUAAGUGAGCACAUUUCUGUUCUUCCAGAACAAAAUUCAGCUUCAUCAAGCAGAGAUACAUCUGAUAUUUCUGAAAGUAAUGGUCUUCUAAAUGUUACUAAGGAAAAAUUAUCAGCAAAAGCAGCUGAUGAAGCCUGUAAAAAUUCUAACUCGGACAUCCCAGGCGAAAGAAGGAAUAAGUGUGAGGUUGUAAUCAAUAAUUCUGAAUCGCAUAUUCAAAAAGAUAAAGAUUAUAAAGCAAACAAAGAAACUGAUGUGCCCUUUAAAAAUAACUAUAUCAAACCAGCAGUUGUUGAAGACAUUGACAGUUCUAAAAAGGACUCUCCAAACUGUGCAGAAAAUAAAAUUGAAAAAGAAUUGGAAAGUAAAAUAAGUGAUGGGAAUGCAGAUUGCAUUGUAUCUGAUGGUCAGUUAAGUAAAAAGUGUGAAUUACCAAACACUGGUGAACAAAUUUCUGCACAUGAAAAUGAAAUUCAUUUUGCUUCAAAGAAUGAUUCACGUCAAGCUGAUAUUAAAGAAAGUUUGACAAGUGAUACAUGUUCUGGUAUAAAAGAAAUUAAUAUAAACUCAAAUCUCGAUAGUGGAUCAAAAAAUCUGGAAAUUGUUUCUGAUCUAACAGAUGCUGUGGAAAACAAAGCUCUAAACUCAGAUCAUGCUACAUUGAUUUCUGAACUGCAUAAUGAAAACGAAAAAAGCACAAGUAAUAUUCAGGAUGAGGUAAAAGAAAACAGUGCACCUGUAAAUUGUGACGGAGAUAAAGAUCAAACGAAUAUAAAAAAUAAUGAAGUUGGGGAAAAUAAGUCUAUAUUGCUUGAAGCUGAUAAUAAAAUGAAUGGAGAGGAAAAUGAUUCUCCAGAGUCAGGUAUGAAACGUCAAGUGCUCAGUCUAAUGAAAAAAAUUUUGAAGAGGUUAAUAAAAUUAAUAAAGUUAGCAAAAAAGUUUCUGGGAAAAGUAACAAGAAAAGGUGCUAAAAGCAAAUCCAAAAAAACAGCUUCUGACCAAAACCUGGAAAAACAUUCCGACUGCAAUAAAUCACUGCCAAAUUCAAAUUCUGAACAAAACUAUAGUAAUGAUUUAGAAAAGAGUUGUAAAAAUUUAGUUGUGUCAAUUGUUGAUGCAAAAAUAUCUGGGAUGACUGAUAUGCCAGCAUUGAAAGAGCCAUGUUUAGAUGAAACUGAUAAAAAAGUGGCAGUGGACAAAGACAUUAGUGAAGAUUCAUCUGUAAAAUGUAAUGAUAGCAUAAAAGUAGAGGGAAAAUCUGAAAAUGAAAUGCCUGAAGUCUCAGUCAAUAUUAACAGAAUUUCAUCUGAAUUAUCCACACCAGCGACUGAAACAAAACGUAAAUGUCGUAAACCCCGCAGAAGGGCAAGGUGGGAUGUAAGAAGAAGCAGGAAAAGAUCAUCAAAAACUGCUUGUAAAGAUAAGCCAGUUAGUGUAUGCAAAGAAGUAAUAAUUGAAAACUCUAACGAAAGUGUUUUAGAAAUACCAAGUUGUGAUACAAACUCAAAAUCAAAAGGGUCCAAGAGUUCUUUAGAAAAAAAUAAAACUUCUGUUGAUGUAACAGUUAUAGAACUGAAUGAAAAUUCAUCAUUUGAAAAAGAAGAAGAUAUUUCAUUAGCUGUCAUAAAGGAAUCUCUUAAGUCAUCUAGAAACUCUGAGUCUAAAUGUGAUCUCAAAGUACCAAAUUUAAGAAUUUCGGUUAAAGAUAUGUAUGAUAUUUAUAUUGUAAUGAAUAAUAUUUGCCUAGAAACAAAGUUCAAGCACCCGUCCUGUAGUAAUUCUGCUAGCAUAGUUUCAAGUGAAUCUAAUUUAUAUGUAAAAUCAGAUCAAAUUUCUGGUCUAAGUUUUGAUACAACAAAUGAUGAUGUUAUUCCCAUUGAUAUAAGCAGUGAUAGUACAGUGAAAAAGAAGAAAGGCAGAUUAAGAACAAAAGGGCCUUCUCCAAAACCAAAAGAAUCAAAAGUUCCAGUCCUUAAAUCUAGCAUUAAAACUCCUGCAAAAUCGGCGAAAAAACGGAAUAUAAACAAUUCAAAAAAAUUAUCUGAUGCAAAUGAUGAUCAGUUUUCCAUACCUGAAGGAUUUUUAGAAAUAUUAGGUAAUGCUGAGAAUGAUUUGCAUUCUUCUAAUAAGGAACCCGCUAGAAAAUCAAGGAGAUCUGCCGAUCUGUCAGUUAUCUCUCUCCAAAGUAGUGAAGGUGAAUCAACUCCUCGGAAACGAAGCAGACGUAUUCAGGAGCAGCAUCAGAAAAAGAUAUCUGAGUUAGCUGUUGAAAUGGAAAGAGAACAAAGAAUGUUGGAACAGUUAGCAAAGAAGUCAAAUGCUAAAAAAAAUGUUCCCCCCAAAACACCUGAGAAAACACCUGUGAAGGCCAAAGAAUCUAAGAAACCUGUGAAAACAAAGCCUCCCCCUCCUGUACCUGAAGAAAUGUGUUUAGAUUCUAAACGUGCAACGAGAAAGAUGAAUAGUCGAUCUAGAAAUAUGACAAAAAUGACAUUGAUGUAUGAAGAUGAAUCUAAAGACAGUGAAUUUUCUAAUUCGAGGGACACAGACAAAUCAAAGAAAAGGAGAAGAGGUCGAGGUACUAGAAAAGGAUUUAGACCCUGGGACGUGUCUUCUGAGUCAUCAUCUUCAAUAGAGGAAUUAACAGAAGAGGAGGAGGAGGAAGAACAUGAAGAACCUUUGGUUUUUGAAGUAAAUGAAGAUGAAUUUGCUUGUGAAGAAGUUGAAGAAGAUGCUGAACCUGUAGUAAUUAGGAGAGCCAGAACUGCUAAAAAAAGUAUUUUACGUUCUCAUCUGAAGGAGAAAGGUGAAGAGCCUGUUGUGAUUGAUGACAAGCCAUGUUCUAAAUGUGGAAAAUACGAUAGACCUGAAUGGAUUCUUCUAUGUGACAAAUGUGAUAAUGGUUAUCAUACAUCUUGUUUGAUUCCUCCUCUCAUGCUAAUUCCAGAUGGUGAUUGGUUUUGCCAACCAUGUGAACAUAUGUUCCUGUGUGAAUGCUUACAAAAUGAACUGCAAAAAUUGGAAACAGUGUUGAAACAGAAAGAACGAGAAGAACUGAGGAAACAGAGGCUUGCUUAUGUUGGAAUAAGCUUGGAUAAUGUGUUAAAACCUGAAAAGAAAGAAAAAUCAGAUGAAUCCUCUAAAGAAGAUGGUGAUGAUAAAUAUACCGAGACUAAACGGGAUAGGAGAAAGGAUUCAUCUGAUGAUGAAAGACAAAAGAAAUUGUAUGGAAAACGUUCUGUCCGAGCUAGACGAAAUGUUAACUAUCAGUUUAAGGAAUAUGAUGAAUUGAUUGCAUCCGCUAUACAAGAAGAAAUGUUAGGAGUAAAAUGAAAUUGUGCCAAGAGGCC